ACGCUUUUGCUCGCUGUCUUCUCCAGCGACGACGACAUGUCUGACGUUGACGACAAUCCUCGCCCUCUAAAAAGGCAGCGUACAUUCAGCCUCAAUACAUCUUCUCCUCUCUCUUCUCCUCCAGAUACCCCCCCUCAUUCUCAGCCCCGCGCUCCAGCUCAGCCUCCAAGUCUUCCUAGUUCGUCUCUUCUUGCCCCAAUCCCCACUCAAACCCUCCUCGUCUCCCUCCCUGGUAUUAUCGUUCAUCCCCCGAAUCACCCCCAUCACGCCCGCUCGCUCUACGUUUCCCUGUUAUCACUCCGAAGAUGUUUAGCUCUGAAGACCCUGAAUCCUGAUGUGGAGUGUCGGGCGUGGACAGCGCUGGCUGAGGUUGGGAUGAAAGUGGUUGCAGGUGGAUUCAGUCAAAGUGAUGAUUAUCCGUGGGCACGUGGAACUGAGACAGAGGUCGAAAAAGCAAUAGGGAAAGGGCACCCUUCUCUCCGAGCAUACCGCCACCAUCUCAGCCUCCUGAACGCACAUUUUUCUCAAUGGCAACAUAACUUCAAAUUCUCCCGCAGUGUCCUCCGUCGUGCUAUCUCUGCUCUAAAUCAGUCGGACCCUCCGCACAUCGUCUACACUGCCCACCUAGCCCUCAUCGAGCAUCUCUCUUCUUCUACCACUCCGCAGGAUAUAUACGCCGCGCUUGAUGCUGUAAAUGCGCUCCAGUCUGUGGCCAUUAAUAAUGCGCAUCCUCGAAUUGUUCUACUUACUCACGUCCUCAAUCUACGCAUCUGUACUGCUGCAGAAAUGUGGGAUCGUGUUCAACUUUCACUCAGUUCAGCGGAGGGUGCGCUGGGUCUUUCGUAUGAUCCUGCUGCCCCCGGACCUAUACCACAGCCUCAGCAUGCGGCAGCACUUGGAGUGCCGACAUCUGCUGAUGUGACACCUAAAGCAGCUGGGACGCCUGCUCAGGAGUCUACCUUCGUAUUUUUUGAGGACCCAUUUGAGGUUUCAAUGGCACUGCAUACCCUCAUGAUCGGAGUAACGUUCUAUACCCAUGUUGGCCUUGCUUUGGAGUCUUCUCCCCGACUAUCGCAUCUGCAUGCCUUACUAGAUUCUGGCGCGUUGGAAAGGUUCCCAUUAGGUAUCGUUGAAGUCACAUUUCCUUCUUCUCCUUCUCUAUCUGUCAAAGUGACACAUCCACGAGUCGUGUUCCUUCUUACAUACCUCAUAAGCACUACCGCAAAACGCGACCCUGUAGGCAGAAAAUCUAAGCGGAAAAUCUUUGCCGCUGAAGGCUUGGCCAUUUGGGAGAAAGAAAUACAACGGGAGCUCAAGCUUCCGACCUGGGCUGGUGUUGCAGAUGCUUACGAAAUUGAACAACAAGUGGUCAGGAUCAAGACAGAUCUCCUCUGCGAAUUGAUUGCGGUCUCCAUCCAACGUAGCGAGUUUGAUGCUGCAGAAGAGAACCUUGCUAUUCUCAUAGCCCACACACGAACAUAUGACAUCUUUCAGCUUUACGCCGCCCGUAUAACGCUCCAUCAUGCUCACCUUGCCCACGCACUGGGGAAUACAGCGCGUGCGCUUCAGUGCUACAAGGUCGCUGCCCAUGUUGCGGAGAAGGGCAGCUUCGUCGCUGUUUCUGCGCGCGCAGGUGAAAUUGCCCUACAAAUUGGUCUCAUGUAUGAUACACAUUGUGAGGAUCAAGCCAGGAGUAUUGGUGAAGUAACGUCCGUAGUGGAUGACAGGACAAAAACGGCAGGUCUCGAAGUAGCCAGAGUCUGUCGAAGUAUGGGCGGCACUCUAGAAGCCGUCGGACAGAUAAUCGAGUCCGCGCUGACAACCGAAAUUUUGAAAUCAAAACAAUACCUCAAACAAGCUCUUGGUCUCGCCAGUAAAGCGCAGGAGAAUCACAUCCGUGCACUGAUCCUUGCACUUAUAUCCUCGCAUUAUUUCCACACAGCUUCGGAUCAUGCACAGACGAUGCUACUCACUUGCGAGCAGCUUGCGGCGGGCCUUGGCGCCGCGCCCACUAAAGCAGAAAAAGGGAAAAGUAGUAAUCAAAAGGCUGAUAAUGUACUAGUGGAUACCAUUGGUAAUGCGCCGCUCAGACUUUGGGUGGGCGAACGGUUUUUGGAAUUGUACAAGCGUGCUGGGAAAGACGAGCGCGUGAAGAAGCAGCUUGUCGCGAAUCGACAUUUGUUACAUGCUACACAAUUGCUUGUUCAGCGGGGAUCCCGUGCCUUCGGUUGA